UUUGGCAUAUAUAAAAGCCUCCUCGCGAUCGAAGGCACUAAAGGCAAGCGAAGUUUUCCGAAGGCAACAUCUCCAUUCGGCAACAGCAAGAUGCAGGGAAUGACUCUGGUGGUGUUGGCUGCCGUGCUCGCUGCGGUGUUGGGAGCGCCACAGUACAAGGAGCCGAUACACAUCAUCGCCUACGAGAACAACUUGAACAUCGACGGAUCCUUCGGAUUCGGGUACGAGAGCGAGGACGGCACCAAGCACGAGCAGGCGGGCAGCCAGCGGGCGCUCGGGCCCAAGCCCGAGGACGCGGGCACGGUGAUCGAGGGCGCCUACAGCUACACGGGCGACGACGGCAAGCGCUACGAGCUGCGCUUCACCGCCGACGAGAACGGCUUCCAGCCGGUGGCGGACUUCCUGCCGCCGCUGCCCGAGCACGCGGCGCGCCAGAUCGCCGCCGCUCAGGCGGAGGACCGCGCCGCCGGCCCGCGGCCGCUGUAGCCGCGAGACCACGCCCCUUCUGCGCGCGCCGACUAGCCUCUUGGCUCUCCGCAGGCUAGACCCUCAAUUAAACACUACUCUCGCAUGUCAUUACUUUAUUACCUAACCAAACAUUUCCCGCAAUGUGAAGACAACCCCAUCUGUGAUACAAUUUUAUCCUGUAUUUGAUUGAUUAAAAAUGUAAAAAAAAAAAAAUUAAAAUAAAGCCCGGGAAA